UAAAUGGCGGCUGUGUGAGCGGGUGAUGGUUGAUACGUUUCAUGGGCUUUAGUGUCUACAUCUGUUUGACAGAGAUUUGCGUUCACAUAACACGUUUAUUAUGGAUGGGAAUAGGGACGAGGCUGAGGAUCAUCAGACUUCCUCAUCUCCCACAAUGGAACGUAACCCCUCACCACCGCCUGGCUCAACAGAUGAAGAUGAUGUGGAUGCUAUUGGAGACACAGUGUACAGCAAGCAUUGGCUCUUCAGCACCCUGACCCACCUCAUCCAAAUUGUUGCGAAACACUCUGAAGAGUCUGCAGAUGAGCUACAGAUCACUGAUGAGGAAGAGGAAGAUCUGUGUAAAGUUUGGGACAUGGCAAUGGAUAAGGAUGUGGCUGGAUUCUUGAUGGAAUUCAAAGCUUCUGACAUCCUGCUUGGAGUGAUUGCAAAGUCUCGUUGUCCACGUCUCACUGAAAUUUGUGUGGGCAUCCUUGGCAACAUGGCUUGUUUUCCAGACACUUGUCUGUCUCUCAGCCAAAAUGAAGCCUUGGGUGAGGUGCUGUUGCUUCUUUUUGCCGACUCCGAUCCUCCAACCCUUCUGGAAACAAGCAGAUUGAUGCUGACAUGCGUCUCUCAAGAAGACGUCAGCUCCUUGUGGCUUCAACGGAUACGACGUCACACAUCAGUGCGCUCGAACCUUCUUUUCAUCAUGUGCAGUUCAACAAACAUCGAGCUGCUGGAGAAAGUGGGAGAGCUUGUGGACAAGCUGUUUGACCUCGAUGAAGAGCUGAUGAAAACCUGGAUCGCACCUGCUCCAGCCAGUGAGGAGAGUGAAGAAUCUGACAGCAAUCUGGAUUUAGUCACCUGCCUGUUGGAGGCCACCAAGACACUCAGAUCUGAGAGUCCAAAUGGGCUGGAAACGUAUCUUCAUGUAGUUCACCUACUGACCACUGUAGAAGAGGGCAUGCUGGCCUUUGCAUCCUCUGAGGGAACAGGGAAAGCACUCUGGAAUUUUCUCAGUGAGCUUGUGUGCGAGGACCUCAGCCACACAGAGGAGUUUCCGGUUCAACUGCAGGAGAAGAAAAGCGUCUUGUUCCUGGCGUUUGCAGUGUUACAGACUCUGUAUGGCUGCCAGGACCAGUGGGGAAGCAGCGAUGACACAAGUUUGUCACUUGUUGCGACCAUCUUGAGGGUGAUUGAGUUCCACUACAAGUCAGCGGAUCAAUCAACGGAAAAAGAUGAGGUUCAAGAUGAGCAGAUUCAGAGUCUUGCUGAGGUCACAGCUGAAUUCCUCGCAGACAUUUGCAGUAACAUAUCUCAGGAAACACUGUCAGAGUUGUUGAAGAAAGGUCUCCUGACCGAGAAAAACUGCCUUUCUGCAGCAGGCUCUUUACUGCCACACUUUCAAAACGCCUUUCAGCACCUGCAGUCUGUGUUGUCUGAAGUUGAUCCCCGGUUGGCAGACGUGAUGAGGAAACAAUUCCCUGCCUGAAAGCAGCCACAGACUUCCCUGACCUCCCAUGAGGAUUUCCAUUGUACCUGGCGUGGUUGUCCAAACCCCACUCCCUUCUGUCUUCAUUAAAAAUGAUUUUUAGAAAUGUUUUAUUUUUGGAUUAAAAACACCGAAAUCUCAUCGUGCUUGCAAUUCUUAACAUUUUUUUAUUUUUAUUUUUUUACUCAGGAUGUGCUGAACUGAUAAGAAGCCGUACAGUCUUAUUAGGAUGAUAAAUCGCUCAAAAGAGUUCACAGCUUGUGCUGAAAUAUUAUGGGAUUCUUUUGAGCAGGAAGAAAAAUAAAAUGCAAUCCAUAUACAUUUCCUAUUUUUCUUAAUAAUGCUUGUAUUUAUUUUUCUACUAUGCCUCUGUAUUACCUAUAAAUCUAUGUGUCUAAGUGUGUGUUGGGUCAUGGCUCCAAGCAUAUGGGUAAUGAUGGUGAUGCUGAUGACAACAUCAAGUGUUUACCAGACGAUGACAGUCACUCAGAGGGGACAAUGAAAUUAGAUGAAAGCCUGGAGACGGGCAACAACAUCCUCAUUUGGUUUCCAAAUGCGGCAUUUCGCCCACUCAUGGAUAAGAGCAGGGCAACCUGCGCAUUUCCACAGCACUUUAUUGGGCCGUGUGAAUACGGCAGCUUUUUAAUUAAAGCUUUGAUUGAAAUGCAGAACAUGCUUUCUAAUGGAAAUCCUGGGACCCACCGCGUGUGUGUUAGAUAUUAGUCAUUGGGAUUAAACACAGUCGAGAGAAGAACCCUGAUUUGGUACGAACAAGUGUGGUCGGCUUGUUUAUCAGCGAGUCACGUCUUGUUGUUUAAAAUAGUCCCAAUGAUGUGGAUGUGAACAUGCCUGCCCUUUUAGGGGAGCAUAUAAACUGUGCUUUUCACAGUCGGCGUAUCCUCCAGCAUUGCUCCGUGACAGGUUGUGUCAAAAAAGAUGAGGAGGAAGCUGUGAUGUGUCCUGCUGCUCCGACAAAUCUCAUUGCCAGCCUGCCAGUCUUGGAUUUGAUCUGACCUCGUGUGCAGUGUAGCAAGCCACCUACGUACUUGUUGACGCUUUCCUCCAAUAAAUAUUUUCAUAAGUGAGUGAUGCUCAAGCAUGUCCGCUUUCUCUGAUGCUGAUUCUGACUGUCAGUCAGUUAUUUUCACGCACAACUCUGCCCACGCAAACCGCUGUUGUUUCCGUUGACCUGUAAAGAGGCCUUCAGCAGAAACAUUUGCUAUUCCUGUCACAUAGAUUCAUAAAUCUUAUAUAACCAGUGUUUAGGUUCAUGUCGUCGCUCCCGUCAUACAUUGACCUGUCAGCUAUCGCAGAUAAUGUGCUUUUCAAAAGUGUGUUUUUUUUGUUUUUUUUAAGGUGAGCCUCUUGUUUGCUGUUGUGAAAUGAUAAAACAAAACAUUUUAAAAAUAAUACUAGCCAGUAGAAAAUGCAACAAUGGAAGGAAAACCUUUUUUUGUAUCAGAUCACAAAGUUAAUACAUUAAUCUAUGAUGUGUAUUUUCAGAAAACUGAAGCAACUGAUUACUUUAUAUCAAUCUUAAAAAUGUUCUGAUUUAUUUGAGAAAACCAUUCAGGACUGGCCUGUUGCCUGGUGAGCAUGAAGGAUAAUGAAGGGACGAAGAAUGCCGGUCAAGUAUUACACACUCCUCACAGGAUGAUGCUUUUGGACAAUGAAGGCUGUCUCCAUUGUCUUUCCUGAGAGAAGCUGUCUCCAGAGAGACACCCAGCUAUCCGAGGAACUUGAUGGCCUUGGAAAGAGCAGCAGCUAUUGGGGAUGCUGAUGAACAAUACAUUGUAUUUUUUCUCAUCUUUUCUUUUAUAUUGGCACUAAAGACUUCUGUACUUGAUUUGAAAACAAGACUGAUUUACACGCACCAGCUUGAUUUUUAUGCAGCAUUCAGACAUGGGUUCAAGCUCAGGAGGCUUCCUGUGUUGUCUUGUGUGUGAUGACUCUCCUCUGAAUGUGGCAGGUGUUUAUGGCUCCGGUGGCGUCUAUUGUCCUGCACACACUGGUGUCUGUCACCAUGUGGCAUAUGCUCUUGUUUGUUCUCUGGAGCUAAUUAAAGCGAUGCAGUCCUACGCCAGGAAGCGCACGUAAGCAGUCCAUUCACUGUUGGGAUUGGAGAGUUGUCCAAACACCAUCCUUAGGAUGAGGUGAAAGGCCGGGAUGCUCACCAUAAUGUGUCGCCAGGCCUUGAAUUGACAGUGGAAAUUCAAAUAACAUGGGUAUUUUCCUCUGUCAUGAAUGGGAAGCCUGUUUGAUUGUUCUUUGGCAGAGAAGAACAUUGUCAUCUUAUUUUUUCACGCGUUAAUGACAUGGCUUGUUAUGUAUUGAAAACUGUAUUUAGUAACUUAAACACAGACAUUUUUGAGAUUAUUUUUGUACGUUUUCUGUGUGUCA